GGAUAUAUUAUUGAUCCUAUAUGUAAAAAUAAUAAUAAUGUUAAUAAUGAUAAUCAUAAUCAUGUGUGUAUUGUUUUGAUAUGUAUUUUAAAACAAAGGAAGGAAAAAUAGCUAAUUUAAUUGUACAUAAUUUCUUUGGAUAUUUAUUGAAUUCAUUACAUUAUAGCGUACGUUUUAAAAGAAAGAAAAAGCUAUUUUCUAUAGGCGUUACAAGUAAUAACAAAUGCAAUAUCAAUGUGCAAUUACAAGUAGCCCUAUGUACAUAUUUACAUGUAGUUUAUUAAUACUCUUGUGUGGUUAUGCAAAUACACUGUAAUGUACAACCAAAACCUCUUCAGCUAUGGUGGGAUUUUAUUUUUUUAUUUUUUUAAAUGACAAAUGAAGUGGCAUCAUGUCAUCCGUCAGCAACUGAAAUAAAUCAAAAAGAAAGAAAAAUGCAAUAGAUAAACGACGGAAACGCGACGACGAGAACGCACGGGCUGCUUUCUGUGCGGGUUUUGUUCCGGAAUUGCAUUUCACAGCGCGAGAGAGGGGGCGGAGAUGGAAUAUUUAGAUGAGCUGUGAUUGACAGCUCCUGUUUCUCCAAUGCUCUCAGAAACUCGCCUGCUCCUUCCAGCAACUCUUCACUCUCCACUCCCGAGCACUACAAACAAACGGACGCUAGGGGAUCUUCAUGACGGCACUCUGCUGAUCGCUCCUCUUUUGCGCUUUUAUUUAUUUUCUUUUAUUAGUUUAUCCCUGCGCUCGGCGGUUAAAUGCGCUGAUUCUAUCGAUCAGCCCGUUUUCUGCCUUUCCUCUACUGGAGAGAAACUAUAAUAAUGUCCUAUCCUCAGGGUUACCUCUACCAGCCCCCGGGCUCUCUGGCGCUGUACUCCUGUCCGCUGGCCGCCCCGAGGAGUGAGGAGCUGGCCCGGUCCUCGUCCGGUUCAGCGUUCAGCCCGUACCCCGGAUCAGCUGCAUUCACAGCCACGGCCAACGGAUUCUCCAGCCCUCUGCCCUACUCAACAGAUCCGGCCACGGGAUUCCCGUCCUACAUGGGGUCUCCGUAUGACGCGCACACUACGGGGAUGGCAGGAGCCAUAAGUUAUCACCCGUACGGGAGUCCCGGUUAUCCGUACCAGCUGAACGAUCCCGCUUACCGAAAAAAUGCCACGCGGGAUGCGACAGCGACGUUAAAAGCGUGGCUGCAGGAACACAGGAAAAACCCUUAUCCCACGAAAGGGGAAAAAAUUAUGCUGGCCAUCAUCACGAAAAUGACCCUCACGCAAGUGUCCACCUGGUUCGCUAAUGCCAGACGGAGACUCAAGAAGGAGAACAAAAUGACAUGGGCACCACGGAAUAAAAGUGAAGACGAGGAUGAGGACGACGGCGAUGGAGAGAGAAAAGACGAGCGCACGGAUAAAAACAUGGACAACAGCGAAGCGUCUGCGGAGGAUGAAGGCAUCAGCUUGCACGUCGAUGCCCUGACAGAUCACUCCUGCUCAGUGGAAUCGGACGGAGAGAAGGUCACGUGUAGGACCGGAGACCUGGUUUGUGAUUCUGGACCUGAUACCAAGGACAAAUGCGACGCGAGCGAUCUCGACACGGGCCGCGAGGAGAGGCAAAGAGGCCCGUCACCCAAGCCAGUGACCUCUUCCCCUCUGACUGGGGUGGAGGCCCCUCUCUUGACCCACCAUCACCGAGAGGACACCCGAAACAGCAGCAACAAAACAUGCCUGGACGGUCAAAACCAAACCGUCAAACCUAAACUAUGGUCAUUAGCCGAGAUCGCCACUUCGGACCCAAAGCAGCAUCAGCAGCAGCAGCACUUGGGACAGAACUGUCCCCCGGGCGUUGGCCUUUUGACCUCCACGGCGCCCAGCGCGUCCCCGGCGGGAGCAGUCUACCCCGCCACCUCCAUAUUAGGAAGACCUCUUUAUUACACGUCGCCGUUUUAUAGUAAUUACACAAACUAUGGCAACUUCAGCCCGCUGCAGGGCCAAGGGAUACUGCGCUAUAAUUCAGCUGGCGAGGGACUUCUGCACAAACAGAGUGGCGACCCCCUACUAAAGACUAAUCCAAACCAGACUGAACAACAUUUCAGGGCCUCCAAUGCAGAAUCCAAAAAAGACCCCACCGAGGUUUUCACAGUAAGACCCCAGUCUUACCUGUCGAGUUAAGCGAAAGACGAGGAAGAUCUUUCAAGUAGGUGUCACAAUUGCUUUGAACAAAGCGAACAAGCCAUCACCUCUCUCUCUCUCCCCAAGCUGUUUUAAACUAACAUUUGCUCUUUACGCGGAUCCUUUUGUGUGCCACUGUACACCCACGGACUACAGAGCACCUUCCUAUAUAACAAUAACACGUACGAUUACGGAAAAGAAAAGAAAAGAAAAGAAAAGAAAAGAAAAGAAAAGAAAAGAAAAGAAAAGAAAAGGCACAAUAGCCAGUCUGGUUUGGAUGAAACUUUCAUUUAUUGAUGAAGUACUUUUUUUUUCCCCCCCCAUAUGUGACUUUUCGAUGAGGAAACUUAUUUCUCAGGAUCCUUAUAGUAGCUUCAUUGCCACCGGUUACAGUAUAAACGCGGGGACAUUAUAACUUCCUAUAAGACUUUAUGUGCUAGAGGUGUGAAGUGUAAACGAGAACUCGGGACUGGUAUAAACUUGACUAAGAGUGGAAUACAUUUGAUAUUUAUUUUUGUAAUGCCUAUAAUUUAUGCAAGUUGUAUUGCAAUGGUAACUGAAAAUUGUUUUGUAAAUAAAUUAUGAUGGGUUUUUAUUUAAAAAAGCCGAAGUUACACAAUGUUGUUAACAUGAAGACUUUUACUAAUUUAUAUCUCUGAUUGUAAAUAAAAUGCGCUAGUCUGCACUGGCACCAUA